AUGCAACAACCCUUUGAGCGACCGACUGCUGAACAGACCGAACGUGGGCCAGCCCUACGACAAAACGUCAGUGGGACACGUCGUGCAGCGCGAGGCGCACGCCGCCAGAACCCGUCGGCGACGCCCGCAAGUUCUAAUGGCCUAACAUGGCCGCCUCAUUUCUCAUCUCAAUCACAAAACCCUCCACGCCGUACUCGUAACACUGCUGGCUUAUCACAACAUCUUGAAUUCUCAGAACUCAUUACUUUCAACGAUCCAGUGGUCUACGUUGUGUCCCAAAUUUUGCGUGCCCGAACUACUCUUCUACUCGCCCCAGAUCAAAGUGAUGAGAUCAUGCGUACAGCACCUGCCAUCAUUUCGAUUAAUCAAACCUCUCAAUUUGUAGAUGACCAAGGAACCAUUAUUCAAACCGGAUAUCGCCGCGAGCAGAUGUUCACUCUAGACCACUACUUCGUUUACGCAUAUCGUCGAAUUAUGUACGGGUGGGUUAUCAACAACCCGCAAGAGCGGAUCUCUUUCGAGGCAGAGCUGGCACUGAACAGCAACCAUACGACCGUAGACUGGUCACAAUUUUGCCGGGAUAUCUGCAUCGGAUGGUGUCAAGACCACGCACCCGCGUUGGGCGGUAUCGACGCCAACUUUCAACCCUGUGAGUUAAUCAAUAAACAAAUUGGUGCUCCUAAUGAAAGUGCUGCAUUCUCAUCGUCAAAUCCAUCAUCGGUGAGACUCGAAAGUAGUGAUAAUGUUCAUUCGGUGAUAACAUUAACUAUCAGUAAUGAUGAUGAAAGUGAUGUGAUAUCAUCAACGCAUCCAACACCUGACAACAAUAAUAGUACACUUGGACGAACUCAGCAACAGAAUUCAUCUGAUUCUCUCAUAUUGCUAUCAACCGAUGGUACCUAA